AUGAGAGCACCUGAAUAUUUCAGUUUUCAGAGAAACACCAAGGAUAUGACAAGAGCACAAAAGAAGAAAUUAAAUGUUACUUACAGAGAUCAGCUGGAAUCCAUAUUUAAGGAACUGGAGGUUAAAGUCAUCAACAUGUUAAAGAAUGAGCUAAACAAGUUCAAAAAGCUACUGAAUGAAGAUUACCCAGCAUGCUCUGAGCAGGAUGUGAAUGACGAGAAAGAUCUAAGUAGUUUCAGAGAGGGGGCGCUAAAGAUCACACUGAAUGUUCUCAAGAUCAUGAACAAGACAGACCUUGCUAACACCCUGCAGAGGAAACUGGUCUCUGUAUAUCAGAAAAAACUCAAAUCAAACCUGAAAGAGAAAUUUAAAAGAUUCAGUGAAGGAAUCUCCCAGCAUGGAAGCUCAGCACUUCUGAAUAAGAUCUUCACAGAGCUCUACAUCACAGAGGGUUGGAGUGGAGACGUCAAUAAUGAACAUGAGGUCAGACAGAUUGAAGCAGCAUCCAGAAGACCAGCAACACAAGAGAAUCCCAUCAAAUGUAACAACCUCUUUAAAGACACGUCCAUCAGAACUGUGCUGACUAAAGGAAUCGCUGGAAUUGGAAAAACAGUCUCAGUGCAGAAGUUCAUUCUGGACUGGGCUGAAGGAAAAGCAAAUCAGGACAUCAUCUUCAUAUUUCCACUUCCUUUUAGAGAGCUGAACUUAAUGAAGCAGGAAAAUCUCAGUCUGAUGGAACUUCUUCAUCAGUUUUUCCCAGAAGUAAAAGACCUGCCAUCAUUAGACUGUGAUGUUUAUAAAGUUUUGUUCAUCUUUGAUGGUCUGGAUGAGUGUCGACUUCCUCUAGAUUUUCAAAAUAAUGAGCAAUUGUGUAACAUAAUGGAGUCAGUAAAAAUGGAUGUGCUGCUGACAAACCUCAUCAAGGGGAACCUGCUUCCCUCUGCUCACCUCUGGAUCACCACUCGACCAGGAGCAGCCAAUCAGAUCCCUCCUGAGUGUGUAGACCAGGUAACAGAGGUACGAGGGUUCAGUGACCCUCAGAAAGAGGAGUACUUCAGGAAGAGAAUCAGUGAUGAGAACCUGGCUAGUAAAAUCAUCACUCACAUGAAGUCAUCAAGAAGCCUCUAUAUCUUGUGUCACAUUCCAGUCUUCUGCUGGAUCUCAGCCUCUGUUCUAGAGAGAAUUCUGGAUGGAGCCGAGGGGAAAGAGAUCCCCAAAACUCUGACUCUGACUGAAAUGUUUACUUACUUUCUGAUCUUUCAGAUCAAACACAAGGAACAAAAGUAUCAUGGGAAAUCUGAUCCACACCAGACCAGAGAGACGAUACUGGCACUGGGAAAACUGGCCUUCCAACAGCUGGAGAAAGGAAACCUGAUCUUCUAUGAGGAAGACCUGACAGAGUGUGGCAUUGAUGUCAAAAACACAUCAGUGUACUCAGGAGUCUGCACCCAAAUCUUUAGAGAGGAGGCUGGACUGCACCUGGGUCAGGUCUUCAGCUUUGUGCACCUAAGUGUUCAGGAGUUUCUGGCUGCUUUAUAUGAAUUUCUCACCCUUAUCAACAAAAACAGAAAAAACACUGAAUUUCUGAAGAGUGCAGUGGACAAGGCCUUACAGAGUAAGAAUGGACACCUGGAUCUUUUCCUCCGCUUCCUCUUGGGUCUCUCACUGGAGUCCAAUCAGACUCUCUUACGAGGCCUACUGCCACAAACAGGAAGUAGCUCUUACAACAAAGAGGAAACAGUCAGUUACAUCAAGAAGAAGAUCAGUGAGAAUCCCUCUCCAGAUAAAUCCAUCAAUCUGUUCCACUGUCUGAAUGAACUGAACGAUGAUUCUCUAGUGCAGGAAGUCCAAAAAUACCUGAACAGAAGAGAUUCUCUUCUUCACGAUGGACGCCGUCUGUCUCCUGCUGAGUGGUCGACUCUGGUGUUUGUGUUGCUGAACUCAGAUCAGGAGCUGGAUGAGUUUAAUUUGAGGAAAUAUUACCCAUCACAUGAAGGUCUUCUGAAGCUGCUGCCAGUGGUGAAAGAAUCAAGAAAAGCUGAGUUGUGGGAUUGUAAUCUAACAGAGAAAAGUUGUGAAGUUCUGUCCUCAGUUCUCAGUUUAAACUCCUCCAGUCUGAAACAUCUGAACCUGAGUAACAAUAAACUGAAGGAUUCAGGAGUGAAGCUGCUCUCUGCUGGACUGGAGAAUCCACACUGUAAACUGGAGAUACUGGAGUUGAGGUGUUGUAAACUAACAGAGGAAAGUUGUUUAGUUCUGUCCUCAGUUCUCAGUUUAAACUCCUCCAGUCUGAAACAUCUGAACCUGGGUAACAAUAACCUGAAGGAUUUAGGAGUGAAGCUGCUCUCUGCUGGACUGGAGAAUCCACACUGUAAACUGGAGAUACUGGAGUUGUGUAAUUGUAAUCUAACAGAGGAAAGUUGUGAAGUUCUGUCCUCAGUUCUCAGUUUAAACUCCUCCAGUCUGAAACAUCUGGACCUGAAUAACAAUAAACUGAAGGAUUCAGGAGUGAAGCUGCUCUCUGCUGGACUGGAGAAUCCACACUGUAAACUGGAGAUACUGAAGUUGUGGAGCUGCAGUAUUACAGAUGAAGGUUUUACUGCUCUGGCUUCAGCUCUGAAAUCAAAUCCAUCAUCACAUCUGAGAGAACUGUAUCUGAACCUCAAUAAUCCAGGAGAAUCAGGAGUAAAACUGCUCAAAGAUCUACAGGAGGAUCCACAAUGUAACCUGGGGAAACUAGACAUCUGAACACACAUUGAAUUAUGAGAAGAGGAAGAUGAAGAGUAGUGGAGAAAUUACAGAUGUUAGUGAGGUCUCACGGUUAGGACGUCUUUCUACAUAACCACAAGAUGUCUAGAGGACUGACUAAAGAAAGUCUCUUCUGUAUGAUUCUAACCAAUGUUCUUUGAAAGAAACCUUGUUGAAUUGUCAGAACCAGUGCUGGGUUAAGGGGUACAUAAUGCUCUUUAUUGCCACUAUCCACUAUUACCCACAAUCCACUGUGAUCCUGUGAUGUUUCUUCCAGUAACCAGUGGGUUCAUGAAAUGGUAUAUAUUUGUAAAAUUAUAAAUUAUAUUUAUUUACAUUUACAUAUUUGGUAUUUAGCAGAAACUUUUAUACAAUGUACUUUGACAGUGUACUGUCUAGGCCAGUGUUUCUCAACCUUUUUUCAGUCAGGGCACCCUUUAAAAGUAUGCAAAAUCUCAAGUCACCCCAGUCUAAAAUGUAUUAAAAAACGUACACUCUGCAUCCCUCGGACUACUAACACACACGCACACACACCAUAAGGUGUCAUUUAGGGAGGGAGGGGUAAAUGUGACUUACUUUUAAUGUGAAACCUGAGCCUGGGAUGAUGCACACAUGUCCUUAUUUGUCUUGCCAAUAAAGCUUCUUUUGAGUUUGA